UCCUCGGCAGUUAGUUUUUUUUCUGUGGGAUUUCAAGAUGGCGGCGAGCGGAGGAGAAGGGGAGCACGAAUGGACAGCGGCAGUGCGACCGCUUUUAUCAGCUUCAUACACCGCUUUCGAAACAAAGGAGCUACCUCAGCUUAUCGGCUCCAUAAUUAACAGUGAAUCGGACAUUCUUCACCACGACAAACAAUAUGAGCCUUUCUACUCUUCGUUUGUGGCUCUUUCUGCACAUUACAUCACCACAGUUUGUGGUCAAAUACCGAGAAAUCAGCUGCUCUCUGUGGCCGCAGCAUGCAAAGUACUCAUCGAAUUUUCCUUGCUGCGACUGGAGAAUCCAGAUGAAGCAUGUGCUGUAUCACAGAAACAUCUGAUUCUUCUAAUAAAAGGACUUUGCACUGGCUGCAGCAGACUGGAUCGCACAGAGAUCAUUACAUUUACUGCAAUGAUGAAGUCUGCCAAGUUGCCUCAAACUAUCAAGACCCUCUCGGAUGUGGAAGAUCAGAAGGACCUGCCCAGUGUUGUGAGCCCCGAGCUUCGACAUAAAGAAGUGCAGAUGAACUUCUUUAAUCAGCUGACUUCGGUUUUUAACCCAGACCUUACCACCAUCUUGGCUUCGCCAUCAGCAGCGCACAUGCAGGCUGAAAGCGACUCAGAUGACCAAACGACAGAUCAAGCUCUUCAGGCCAAAAUGAAGAACGCGUUUGUCUCUCAGAACGUGUCGAGCUUACAGGAACUUGGUGGCUCUGAAAAGUUACUACGAGUGUGUCUAAACCUGCCGUACUUCCUACGUUACAUCAACCGGUUCCAAGAUGCCGUUUCAGCCAACUCUUUCUUCAUCAUGCCGGCCACAGUGGCAGAUGCCACUGCCGUCCGCAAUGGAUUUCACUCUCUGGUAAUUGAUGUGACCAUGGCUCUGGAUACACUUUCCUUGCCUGUACUGGAACCGCUGACACCAGGAAGACUACUGGAUAUGACAGUGUUGGCCCUCAGCUGUCUUUAUGCUGGUGUGAGUGUGGCCACCUGCAUGGCCAUUCUCCAGGUGGGCAGCGGCCUGCAGCUGCGCUCGGCCUCCACUGGAACUAAAGAGGAGGAUUAUGAAAACGACGCUGCCACGAUUGUUCAGAAAUGUCUGGAGAUCUAUGAAAUGAUCGGACAAACAAUCAGCAACUCCCGCCGAGCUGGAGGAGAGCAUUAUCAGAACUUCCAGCUGCUCGGAGCCUGGUGCCUCUUAAACAGCCUGUACCUGAUUCUGAACCUGAGCCCGACCGCCCUGGCAGAUAAAGGCAAAGAGAAGGACCCCUUGGCCGCCCUGCGUGUCCGGGAUAUUGCUGCUCGCACCAAGGAUGGCGCAGGAUCGCCAAAACUUGGCCCUGGCAAAGGACACCAAGGGUUUGGAAUAUUGUCUGUUAUUCUGGCCAAUCACGCCAUCAAACUUCUGACGUCCCUCUUCCAGGAUUUGCAAGUUGAGGCGCUGCAUCGGAGUUGGUUAAGUGAUGGACCACCCGCUGAGCUCAACAUCAUGGCACAAAGCACUUCAAUCCAGAGGGUCCAAAGACUCAUCGACUCUGUUCCUCUGACCAAUCUGCUCUUCACCCUCCUCUCCACUUCUUACAAAAAGGCUUGUGUUCUCCAGCGCCAAAGGAAGGGCUCAGUUAGCAGCGAUGCCAGCGCUUCAACAGAUUCAAACACCUACUACGAAGACGAUUUCAGCAGCACAGAGGAGGAUAGCAGCCAAGCAGAGAGAAGAGAGGAGAAGACAAGUGCAGCUUGUGUCUCAGAUGAUGACAGUGAACCUAUCCUGGGGCUGUGGUUUGAAGAGGCCAUUUCACCAACCAAAGAAAAAGUGGCUCCUCCACCUCCCCCGCCUCCUCCACCCCUGGAGACGUCACCCAGACUGAAGAGCCCCAGCAAACAGAACCCGAGUGAGAACGGCAACAUUUUAGCAGGUCGGAAGGAUCCAGAAAUGUUUCUCAGUUUGGCCUCCAGCAUUCUGAACUUCAUCACCACCUCAAUGCUCAAGUCCAGGAACAACUUCAUCCGCAACUAUGUGAGCGUCUCUCUUACAGAGCAGCACAUGGCUACGCUUGCCAGCAUCAUUAAAGACGUAGAUAAAGAUGUCAAAGGUUCCUCAGACGAAGUGUUUUCUUUAGCUCUGUACCACUUCAACCACACCCUGGUGACCUCAGAUCUUCCAUCUCCGGUUCUUCAGAACACCCUCUUGCAGCAGUUGGGUGUCGCUCCCUUUUCAGAAGGUCCCUGGCCUCUGUACAUUCACCCUCAGUCCCUGUCAGUCCUUUCCAGACUUCUCCUCAUCUGGCAGCACAAAGCCAGCGUGCAGGGAGAACCAGAUGUGCCGGAGUGCAUGAAAGUCUGGGAAAGGUUUUUAGGAACCCUGAAGCAACACACCAUCCAGGGCUCCGUCCAGUCAGAGGACGACCUUAAUGUGGAGCAUCUCCAGUUGCUCCUGCUCCUUUUCCACAAUCUGUCUGAACGUGGUCGACGAUCGGUCCUGGCCAUGGUCACCCAGGCCAUUGUUGAAGUGGCACAAAGCAGAGAAACCCAGCUGAAGUCUGUACCCCUAAACCUGGCCCGCCUGCUGCUUGUUUUUGACUACCUGCUGCGUCACUACUCCAAGGCUCCCUUAUACCUCUUUGAGCAGGUGCAGUACAACCUCCUCUCGCCACCGUCCAGUGGACUGAGUUCUGUUCAGGAAGGUGGGAAACGUAGCGGUCUCCCGCUUUACUACGGAUUUAAAGAGGUGGAGGAGAACUGGGCCAAACACUGUUCAGCAGAUUCAAAUGUUCAGCCCAAGUUCUACUGUGUUCUUUCCCCUGAGGCAUCUGAAGACGAUAUCAGCAGGCUGGAUAGCAAAGUAUUUCCAAAGUUGGUCAGUGGGGCAGUGAAGUAUGAUGAGCUGUAUGCGUGUCUUAUCUCCCUCCUGGAAUCAGGCUCUCAGUUUGAUACAGCCAGAAGACUGGAGAAUAAGCCCAUCACUCCUAUGGAGGCCUGCUCCCUUCAGUACUUCUUUCUGGUUCUCUGGAGAAUCCUGGGUGUGUUACCGCCCUCCAAAGCUUUCAUGGAGCUGCUGAAGAAUGGCUGCAGCGACCCCAGUGAAAGCGACAUCUUGCACACGCUGCGAUGGUCCUCACGCCUGCGGGUGUCUACAUACGUGCAGUGGAUGAAGGAGCACUUGGUGAAGCAGGGAAUGAAAUCGGACCAAGCAGCAUCUCUCGUUGACACGACGGUAGCAAAGUGCAGCACUGUAAAAUAUGAUGUGGAUCUUGCAGAAGAGUACAUUGCCAGACAGAUUUCCACCUUCUCAAGUGUUGAUCCAAAUGCCGUUCUUCCGCUCCAUCAGUUGCCCUCGCUGCAAGCUAUUUAUACGCUGGAUGCAGUCAUCUCUAAAGUUCAGGUUUCCUUAGAUGAGCAUUUGUCCAAGGUUGCAGUUGAGGCCGACGCCCACAAGUCCUCUGAUAUCACCAAAAACCUGCUGCCUGCUGCGUUACAGCUCACCGACACUUAUACUGCCUUCACAAGAUCCUACCUCCUGCUGAACAUCCCAGAGGAAGGUGAAAACAAGCUGACCGAUGCGAAGCUCCAAGGUUACGCUGCCGUUCUGUCCAUCGGCUCCACUCGCUGCAAGGCAAACCUGCUGGGUCAUAAUUUGAUGCAGAACCUGCCAUCGGCUGUACAAACCGUAUGUGUAACUUGGAACAGCGUCCACACAAAUGAGUUCCCCAACAUUGGCUCAUGGCGAAAUGCGUUUGCUAAUGACACCAUCCCAUCCGAGAGCUACAUCAGUGCCAUCCAAGCGGCUCACCUGGGUACCCUGAGUUGUCAGUCCCUGCCUCUGGCCUCCUCUCUCAAACACAUCCUUCUCUCCUUGGUUCGCCUCACCGGGGACCUCAUAGUCACAGAGGAGUUGAAUCCCACGCAGGUUGUGAGCACGCUGCUGCCCCUGUUGCUGGAAAGCAGCACAGAGUGUGUAGCAGAAAUCAGCAGCACCUCGCUGGAGCGCAUUCUGGGCCCAGCAGAGUCUGAUGCCUUCUUAGCUCGCAUCUACGAGCGUUUGGUCACAGGAUGCUACAAUAUCAUUGCACAUCACUCUGACCCUCACAGUGGCUUGGAUGAGUCGGUUCUUGAGGAAUGCCUUCAGUACCUAGAGAAACAGCUUGAGAGCAGUCAGGUCCGCAAAGCCAUGGAGGAAUUCUUUUCAUUCAGCGGCGAGCUUGUCCAGAUCAUGAUGGCCACAGCCAACGAAAACCUGUCUGCAAAGUUCUGUAACAGGGUGCUGAAGUUCUUCACCAAGCUUUUCCAGCUCACGGAGAAGAAUCCAAACCCCAGCCUGUUAUGUUUGUGCGGUUCCCUGGCCCAGCUGGCCUGCGUGGAGCCGUCCCGCCUGCAGUCCUGGCUCACACGCAUGACGGCGACUCCACCCAAGGACACGGAGCAGCUGGAAGUCGUGCAAGAGAACCGACAGCUGCUGCAGCUGCUCACCACGCAUAUUGUGCGCGACAAUAGUCAGGUUGGCGAAGGAGUUUGCACCGUCCUCCUCAGCACACUUAUCCCCAUGGCGACAGACAUGCUGACCAAUGGGGAUGGAACAGGCUUCCCUGAGCUCAUGGCCAUCAUGGCGACACUGGCCAGUGCUGGACAGGGGGCCGGUCACCUGCAGCUUCACAGGGCAGCUAUUGAUUGGCUGACAAGAUGCAAAAAAUAUUUGACACAGAAGAACGUGGUGGAGAAAGUUAGCACAAACUUAUCUCAUGGAAAGCAUGCCGUUAUGCUAGAAUGCUCGUGCCACAUAAUUUCCUAUUUGGCUGAUGUGAUGAACGCCCUGCGGCAAAGCAGCGGCCAGGGUACCUCUGCGCUGCUAGUGGAGGGAGAAGAGAAGGCGAUGGAAGUGGACUCAGACUGGGUGGAGGAACUCGCCGUAGAGGACGACGAUUCCCAGGCAGAGGACUCCGAUGAAGACUCACUCUGCAACAAACUCUGCACUUUUACCGUGACUCAGAAGGAGUUCAUGAACCAGCAUUGGUACCACUGUCAUACCUGUAAGAUGGUAGAUGGGGUAGGUGUGUGCACAGUGUGCGCCAGGGUCUGUCACAAAGACCAUGAGAUCUCCUAUGCCAAAUUUGGCUCUUUCUUCUGUGACUGCGGUGCCAAAGAGGAUGGCAGCUGCCAGGCUUUGGUCAAACGCAGCCCCAGCAGUGGCAUUAGCUCAACUCUGAAAGAGUCAUCAGCUUUCCAGAGUGAGCUGCGGAUGCCGGAGAGUGCCAUCAGACACCAGAACGCCUCUCCAUCGGAAAAGGGCAAGGUCACAAUCUGCGACGGCAAAUCCACCGAUGAAGAGAGACCAAAGAAAAACAGUGUCUGCAAAAGCAUUGAGGGCUGCCAGGAAGAGUUGCUAGCACAAGUGAUGGGAUCGUCCACCGCUGCCGUUAUUCUUGAGAUGCUCAUGUUUCUCAUGGAAGCCAUUCAAACUAACUUCCAGCAAGCAUCCGCAGUGGGAAGCAGCAGCCGUGCCCAAAAAGCCCUGAAUGAACUGCACACUCAGGACAAAAACGUUGAGAUGACGGACCAGUUAAUGGUGCCCACUCUUGGUUCUCAGGAAGGGGCCUUUGAAAAUGUGCGGAUGAAUUACAGUGGCGACCAAGGCCAAACAAUACGUCAGCUCAUCAGCGCACAUGUUCUGCGUCGUGUCGCCAUGUGCGUCCUUUCCUCGCCCCAUGGCCGUCGCCAGCAUCUUGCAGUCAGCCAUGAAAAGGGAAAGAUAACAGUCCUGCAGUUGUCCACACUUCUGAAGCAAGCUGACUCUAGCAAGAGGAAGCUAACACUGACCCGACUGGCCUCUGCCCCAGUUCCUUUCACUGUGCUCAGUCUCACAGGCAACCCUUGUAAUGAAGAUUAUCUAGCUGUAUGUGGUCUAAAGGACUGCCAUGUUCUGACAUUCAGCAGCACAGGCUCCGUCUCCGACCACCUGGUGUUACAUCCACAGCUGGCCACAGGAAAUUUCAUCAUCAAAGCCAUUUGGCUGCCUGGUUCCCAGACUGAGCUUGCAAUCAUCACAGCUGACUUUGUCAAGAUCUAUGACUUGUCAGUGGAUGCCCUGAGCCCCAUGUACUACUUCCUGCUCCCCAGCUCCAAGAUCCGAGAUGCCACCUUCCUUUUCAAUGAAGAGGGAAAAAACAUCAUUGUAAUCAUGUCUUCAGCAGGAUACAUGUACACUCAGAUCAUGGAUGAAUCCAGCAGUGCCCAGCAUGGUCCUUUCUAUGUCACAAAUGUGCUGGAAAUAACCCAUGAUGAUUUGAAAGACAGCAACGGGCAGGUGGCCGGGGGUGGUGUGUCUGUUUACUACUCCCACGUCCUUCAGAUGCUUUUCUUCAGCUACAGUCAGGGGAAAUCCUUUGCUGCCACUGUGGGCCGCAGCACAAUUGAAGUGCAGAGGCUCUUUCCCAUCAACAUUAAAGGCUCCAAUGGCGGUAGCAGUAAGCUGUCCCCUGCUCUGUGCCAGUGGUCAGAGGUGAUGAACCACCCAGGUCUGGUCUGCUGUGUGCAACAGACAACUGGGAUUCCACUUGUGAUCAUGGUUAAACCAGACACCUUCCUCAUCCAGGAGAUCAAAACUCUGCCGGCUAAAGCAAAGAUCCAAGAUAUGGUCGCUAUCAGACACACUGCAAGCAAUGAACAGCAGCGCACAACGAUGAUUCUCCUCUGCGAGGAUGGAAGCCUUAGGAUCUACAUGGCAAACGUAGACAACACGUCGUACUGGCUCCAGCCCUCCCUGCAGCCGACCUGUGGCAUCAGCAUCAUGAAGCCAGUGCGCAAGCGCAAAGCUGCUGCUGCAACCACUCGGACCUCCAGUCAAGUGACUUUCCCAGUGGACUUCUUUGAACACAAUCAGCAGCUGACAGAGGUGGAGUUUGGGGGUAAUGACUUGCUGCAGGUCUACAACGGGCAGCAGAUAAAACACCGGCUCAACUCCACAGGAAUGUAUGUGGCCAACACAAAGCCCGGGGGAUUCACCGUGGAAGUGGUGAACAACAACAACAGUUCAAUGGUGAUGACAGGCAUGCGAGUGCAAGUGGGCACUCAGGCCAUUGAGCGGGCCCCUUCCUAUGUCGAGGUCUUCGGCCGCACCAUGCAGAUAAACCUGACGAGGGCGCGCUGGUUUGACUUCCCCUUCACCAGAGAGGAGGCUCUGCAGGCUGACAAGAAGCUGUCCAUAUUCAUCGGAGCGUCUGUUGAUCCAGCUGGAGUCACCAUGCUCGACUCGGUAAAGAUCUACGGUAAAACUAAGGAGCAGUUUGGCUGGCCCGAGGAUCCACCGGAGGACUUCUCUGGCUCAGUUAACAACGUGUGCAGCCCCAGCCUCAACCAGGGCAGUGGCAACUCUGAUGGAGACAUAGCUACGCCAACCACGACCAGUGGCACUGUGCUGGAGAGUUCUGAAACUGAGUCCUUAUCGACCUUGGACCGAUUGGUGGUCAGUUCACUUGAAGCUUUGGAAAACUGCUUUGCAGUAGGUUCAUCCAAUGAAAAGGAGAAAAACAAGGUUGCUGCUCUGGAGCUGGCAACUUUACUCCUGUCCAUGCCGACUCCAGCGGGAGUCCAGCAGCAGACCAAAGGACUCCUGGCUAGUUUGCACACCAGCCGUAACGCCUACCACAACCAUAAGGACCAGUCCUUGCUGAGCAACGCAGUGCAGUGUUUGAACAGCUGCAGCCGUGAAGGAAAAGAACUUGACCCGGAUGUUUUUCAGAGGCUUGUGAUCACCGCACGCUCGAUUGCUAUCAUGAGGCCCAACAACUUGGUGCAUUUCACAGAAAACAAGUCAUCGCACCACGACUCUGACAUGACAGAGGAUGGGCUGAAGCACGUAGAUGGAGAAAGCUGUAACUUCAUCGCUCAGCUUAUGAAUAACUUCUGGAAACUCCAUUCCCAAAAACCAAAGAACGCGUUUCUUGCGCCUGCUUGCCUCCCUGGCCUGACGCACGUGGAAGCUACAGUUAACGCCUUGAUCGACAUCAUACAUGCCUACUGCACGUGUGAACUGGAUUACAUCAAUGUAGCGUCCAAGAUCUACAUGCAAAUGUUACUGUGCCCUGACACGGCAGUGAGCUUCGCCUGUAAGCAGGCCCUGAUCAGAGUGCUGCGGCCAAGAAACAAACGCCGCCACGUGACUCUUCCAUCGCCCCCACGCUCUAACACGCCUAUCGGAGACAAAGAUGAUGACGACGACGAUGAUGCGGACGACAAAAUGCAGUCGUCUGCGAUGACGGGAGGAGAGGAGGGUCGACAGGAGAGCCAAGAGCAGAACGAAGUGGAUCAUGGAGACUUUGAGAUGGUGUCUGAGUCAAUGGUCUUGGAAACAUCAGAAAAUGUCAACAAUGGGAAUCCUUCUCCUCUGGAGGCUCUGCUGGCGGGAGCGGAGGGAUACCCUCCUAUGCUCGACAUCCCUCCUGAUGCUGAUGAUGAAACUAUGGUAGAGCUUGCCAUUGCACUCAGCCUUCAGCAGGACCAACAAGGCAGUAAUAGCAGCGCUCUCGGCCUUCAGAGCCUCGGCCUGUCUGGCCAGGCUCCAAGCUCGUCUUCACUAGAUGCUGGGACCCUUUCAGACACAACGGCAUCAGCCCCGGCAUCAGAUGAUGAGGGCAGCACAGCUGCUACUGACGGCUCUACGCUGCGGACCUCCCCAGCUGAGCACGGAGGCAGUGUGGGCUCAGAGAGUGGGGGUUCUGCUAUCGACUCUGUAGCAGGGGAGCACAGUGUGUCCGGACGCAGCAGCGCUUACGGCGAUACGACAGUGGAGGGCCACCCAGUGGGUCCGGGCAGUGUGAGCUCCAGCACCGGAGCGAUCAGUACCACCACAGCGCAGCAUGAGGGCGAAGGCUCAGAAGGAGAAGCAGAGACUGAGGGAGACAUCCACACGAGCAACAGGUUGCACAUGGUUCGUCUGAUGCUGCUGGAACGUUUGCUUCAGCAUCUUUCUCAGCUCCACAAUGUCGGUGGGGUUCAAGCCAUCCCAUAUAUGCAAGUUGUCCUAAUGCUGACGUCGGACCUGGAUGGGGAGGAUGAAAAGGAUAAAGGUGCUCUGGAUGACCUGCUUGCACAGCUGAUUGCUGAGCUUGGAAUACACAAGAAGGAUGUGUCCAAAAAGAAUGAGCGGAGUUCGAUCAAUGAAGUCCACCUGGUCAUCAUGAGGCUACUGAGCGUCUUCAUGUCACGAACAAAGUCUGGGUCCAAAUCGUCUUCAGAGUCGUCCUCCCUGAUUUCCAAUGCAACAGCGACAGCCUUGCUGAGCCUGGGUGCCAUCGACUACUGUCUCCAUGUGCUCAAGUCUCUCCUGGAGUUCUGGAAAAAUCAGCAAGGAGAAGAGGAGCCUACAUCCACCAGUCAGCUCCUACGCCCCCACACAGCCUCCUCACCCCCCGACAUGAGCCCCUUUUUCCUCCGCCAAUAUGUCAAGGGCCAUGCUGCUGAUGUGUUUGAGGCUUACUCCCAGUUACUGACAGAAAUGGUGCUCCGGCUGCCGUAUCAGAUAAAGAAGAUUGCCGACACAAACACCCGGAUCCCGCCUCCUGUUUUUGACCAUUCUUGGUUCUACUAUCUAUCAGAGUAUCUGAUGAUCCAGCAGACGCCAUUCGUCAGGCGACAAGUUAGAAAGUUGUUGCUGUUCAUCUGCGGCUCCAAGGAGAAAUAUCGUCAGCUGCGAGAUCUGCACACCCUUGACUCUCACGUGCGCAGCAUCAAGAAGCUUCUGGAAGAGCAGGGCAUCUUCCUCCGUGCUGGCGUAGUCACAGCGACCUCUGGUUCAGCUCUGCAGUACGACACACUCAUCAGUCUGAUGGAGCAUCUGAAAGCAUGCGCUGAAAUUGCUACGCAAAGGACGAUCAACUGGCAGAAGUUUUGCAUGAAGGAUGACUCCGUGCUGUACUUCCUGCUCCAGGUCAGCUUCCUGGUGGAUGAGGGCGUUUCUCCAGUCCUGCUCCAGCUCCUCUCCUGUGCUCUCUGUGGUAGCAAAGUGCUGGCCAGUUCCUCCUCUGGCUCCUCAUCAUUGUCUGGCGGUGGCUCAGGUAGUGCUGGUCAGGGAGGCGCUUCCCAGUCCUCUCAGAGCAAGUCUUCCAGCAAGAAAAGCAAGAAGGAAGACAAAGAAAAGGACAAAGAGGGUGAUGGUGUGAGCAGCCAGGAGGAUCAGCUGUGCAUGGCUCUGGUCAGUCAGCUGAACAAGUUUGCAGACAAAGAGACUCUGAUCCAGUUUCUGCGCUGCUUCCUACUCGAAUCAAACUCCUCUGCUGUUCGCUGGCAAGCCCACUGCUUGGCAUUACAUAUCUACAGGAACUCCAGCAAAUCUCAGCAGGAGCUUCUGCUGGAACUGACUUGGGCCAUCUGGCCAGAGCUUCCUGCAUACGGUCGCAAAGCUGCCCAGUUUGUUGACCUGCUGGGAUAUUUCUCACUCAAAACCCCUCAAACAGAGAAAAAGCUGAAAGAGUAUUCCCAGAAAGCUGUGGAGAUCCUGAGAGCACAGAACCACAUCCUGACAAAUCACCCCAACUCCAACAUCUACAACACCCUCUCUGGUUUGGUGGAGUUUGAUGGCUUUUUUCUGGAGAGCGACCCCUGCUUGGUCUGCAACAACCCCGAAGUUCCCUUCUCAAAUAUCAAACUAUCAUCUAUCAAAGUGGACACCCGCUACACCACCACACAGCAGGUGGUAAAGCUCAUCGGCAGCCACACCAUCAGCAAAGUCACGGUGAAGAUCGGUGACCUGAAGCGCACCAAAAUGGUCCGCACCAUCAAUCUCUACUACAACAACAGGACUGUCCAGGCUAUCGUGGAGUUGAAGAAUAAGCCGGCUCGUUGGCACAAAGCAAAGAAAGUUCAGCUGACCCCUGGACAAACUGAGGUGAAGAUCGACCUCCCGUUACCCAUCGUUGCAUCCAACCUGAUGAUCGAGUUCUCCGAUUUCUACGAGAACUACCAAGCCUCCACCGAGACCCUGCAGUGUCCACGCUGCAGCGCUUCUGUGCCCGCUAACCCUGGGGUGUGCGGCAACUGUGGCGAAAACGUGUACCAGUGCCACAAGUGCCGGUCCAUCAACUAUGACGAAAAAGACCCUUUCCUGUGCAAUGCAUGUGGUUUCUGCAAAUACGCCCGAUUUGACUUCAUGCUGUAUGCUAAACCAUGCUGUGCAGUGGAUCCCAUAGAGAAUGAAGAAGACAGGAAAAAGGCUGUGACUAACAUCAACACCCUGCUGGACAAAGCUGACCGCGUCUACCACCAGCUGAUGGGCCACAGGCCUCAGUUAGAAAGCCUUUUGUCUAAAGUCAACGAGGCAGCGCCAGAAAAACCUCAGGAUGACAGUGGAGCAGGCGCAGGACUCGGUGCAUCCUCCGCUAAUGUUAACAGAUACAUUCAGCAGCUUGCUCAAGAGUACAGCGGCGACUGCAAGACAUCAUUUGACGAGCUGUCCAAGAUAAUACAGAAAGUGCUCGCAUCUCGGAAGGAGCUCUUGGAGUAUGACCUGCAGCAGAGGGAGGCAGCCACCAAGUCGUCCCGGAGCAGCAGCAGCCACCAGCCCACGUUCACCGCCAGUCAGUACCGCGCCCUUUCUGUGCUCGGCUGCGGCCACACCUCCUCCACCAAGUGCUACGGAUGUGCCUCCGCCGUCACGGGCCACUGCAUCACACUGCUGCGUGCACUGGCCACCAACCCGGCUCUCCGGCAGAUCCUCGUCCUCCAGGGUCUCAUCCGGGAGCUGUUUGAGUAUAACCUGCGGCGAGGUACAGCGGCCAUGAGGGAAGAAGUGCGUCAGCUGGUCUGCCUCCUUACCAGAGAUCAUCCAGAGGCGACUCAGCAGAUGAACGAUCUCAUCAUCGCCAAGGUGUCCUCCGCCCUCAAAGGUCACUGGGCCAACCCCGACUUGGUUAGUAAUUUGCAGUACGAGAUGCUCCUGCUGACGGAUUCAAUCUCCAAAGAAGGGGGAUGCUGGGAGCUGCGAUUGCGUUGUGCUCUUAGCCUGUUCCUGAUGUCAGUAAAUAUAAAGACGCCUGUAGUUGUGGAAAACAUCACUCUCAUGUGCCUGAGAAUCCUGCAAAAGCUGAUAAAGCCCCCGGCACCAACGAGCAAGAAGAACAAGGAUGCUGCCACCGAGUCUUUGACCACAGUCCGGCCAUACAGUAAUGAAAUUCAUGCUCAGGCUCAACUGUGGCUGAAGAAGGAUCCCAAAGCGUCUUAUGAUGCCUGGAAGAAGUGCCUCCCAGCAAGAUGCCAGGAAGCUGUGUCGAAGCCACAGGGGAAGCCUGAGUUAAGAAAACAGUAUCUGCAGGAAAAAUAUGUAUGGAAGUGGAAGCAGUUCAUGAGAUCCAGGAAAGGUGAAGGCCUUUUCCCUCGUCUGCUCAAACUGAGCCAUAACAACUGGCUGCGGCAGGUGCUGUUUACUCCAGCUACCCAGGCUGCAAGACAGGCUGCAUGCACUAUUGUGGAAGCUCUUACCACAAUCCCCAGCCGCAAGCAGCAGGUGUUGGACCUGCUUACCAGUUACCUGGAUGAGCUGAGCGUGGCUGGAGAGUGUGCAGCAGAGUAUCUGGGUCUGUACCAGAAGCUGAUCAAGCCCACACACUGGAAGGUUUACCUGGCGGCCCGUGGAGUUCUGCCCUACAUCGGAAACCUCAUCACCAAGGAAAUAGCUAAUCUCCUGGCUCUGGAGGAGGCUACUCUCAGCACAGACUUACAACAAGGCUACGCUCUGAAGAGCUUAACUGGCCUACUGUCCUCUUUUGUGGAGGUGGAGUCCAUCAAGCGGCAUUUCAAAAGUAGGCUGGUUGGCACAGUACUGAACGGUUACCUGUGUCUGAGGAAGCUGGUGGUGCAGCGCACCAAGCUGAUCGAUGAGACCCAGGACAUGCUGCUGGAGAUGCUGGAGGACAUGACGACAGGUACAGAGUCUGAAACCAAAGCCUUCAUGGCCGUGUGCAUCGAGACGGCAAAGCGGUACAACCUGGAUGAUUACAGGACCCCCGUCUUCAUCUUUGAGAGACUGUGCAGCAUAAUCUACCCUGAGGAGAACGAGGUGACUGAGUUCUUUGUGACCCUGGAGAAGGAUCCAAACCAGGAGGACUUCCUGCAGGGCCGCAUGCCGGGCAACCCGUACAGCAGCAACGAGCCUGGCAUCGGCCCUCUGAUGAGGGACAUCAAGAACAAGAUCUGUCAGGACUGCGACCUGGUGGCGCUUCUUGAAGACGACAGUGGCAUGGAGCUUCUGGUCAACAACAAAAUCAUCAGCUUAGAUCUUUCAGUGGCAGAGGUCUACAAGAAGGUGUGGUGCCCUACCAACGAGGGUGAGCCGAUGAGAAUCAUUUAUCGAAUGAGAGGCCUGCUGGGAGAUGCCACUGAGGAGUUCAUAGAGUCGCUGGACUCAACCACAGACGAAGAGGAGGACGAUGAAGAGGUGUACAAGAUGGCGGGAGUCAUGGCUCAGUGUGGAGGACUGGAGUGCAUGCUCAACCGGCUGUCUGGGAUCAAAGAUUUUAAACAAGGAAGACAUCUGCUAACAGUUUUGCUGAAGCUGUUCAGUUACUGUGUGAAGGUGAAGAUCAACCGGCAACAGCUGGUCAAACCAGAGAUGAACACGCUCAACGUCAUGCUGGGAACGCUGAACCUCGCUUUGGUUGCAGAGCAGGAGAGUAAGGACAGCGGUGGGGCCUCCAUAGCCGAACAGGUUUUGAGCAUUAUGGAGAUCAUUCUUGAUGAAGCCAAUGCAGAGAUUUCAGAAGAUAAGGGUAACCUUCUGCUCACAGGGGACAAAGACCAGCUUGUCAUGUUGUUAGACCAGAUCAACACCCCCUUCGUGCGCUCAAACCCCAGCGUGCUGCAGGGUCUGCUGCGCAUCAUCCCCUACCUUUCCUUUGGUGAACUAGAGAAGAUGAAGAUCCUGGUGGAGCGCUUCAAACCGUGCUGCAGCUUUGACAAGUAUGACGAGGAGCACAGCGCAGAAGACAAAGUGUUUUUGGAUUGUUUCUGUAAAAUUGCCGCCGGAAUCAAGAACAACAGCAACGGCCAUCAGCUGAAAGAUCUGAUCCUGCAGAAAGGAAUCACUCAGAGUGCACUGGACUACAUGAAGAAGCAUAUCCCAAAUGCCAAAAAUCUAGAUGCAGAUGUGUGGAAGAAGUUCCUUUCUAGACCUGCUCUACCCUUCAUCCUGCGACUGCUUCGUGGUCUGGCUAUGCAGCAUCCACCCACUCAGCUGUUGAUAGGAACCGAUUCAAUAACCAACUUGCACAAGCUGGAGCAGGUAUCCAGUGACGAAGGCAUUGGGACCCUGGCAGAGAACCUCCUGGAGGCUCUGAGGGAAAACAGGGACGUCAACCUGAAGAUUGAAGCAGCCCGCAGGGAAACCAGAGCUGAGAAGAAGCGAAUGGCUAUGGCCAUGAGGCAGAAGGCUCUGGGAACUCUGGGCAUGACGACCAAUGAGAAGGGGCAGGUGGUCACAAAGACCUCACUGUUGAAGCAAAUGGAGGAGCUGAUAGAGGAGCCGGGGUUGACCUGCUGCAUCUGCAGAGAGGGUUACAAGUUCCAGCCGACCAAAGUUUUGGGUAUUUACACUUUCACAAAGCGCGUGGCCUUGGAGGAAUUUGAAAACAAGCCUCGCAAGCAGCAGGGCUACAGCACCGUGUCCCACUUCAACAUAGUCCACUAUGACUGCCAUCUGGCCGCCGUCAGGCUGGCUCGCGGUAGAGAAGAGUGGGACAGCGCCGCUCUCCAGAACGCCAACACCAAGUGCAACGGCCUGCUGCCCGUCUGGGGGCCCCAUGUGCCAGAAUCAGCCUUCGCUACAUGCUUAGCAAGGCACAACACAUAUCUUCAGGAGUGCACAGGUCAGCGGGAGCCGACGUACCAACUGAACAUCCACGACACCAAGCUGCUGUUCCUGCGCUUCGCCACCGAGCAGUCGUUCAGCGUGGACACAGGAGGCGGGGGCCGAGAGAGCAACAUCCACCUCAUCCCCUACAUCAUCCACACAGUGCUCUACGUUCUCAACACUACAAGGGCCACGUCCCGGGAAGAGAAGAAUCUGCAGAGUUUCCAGGAGCAGCCGAAGGAGAAAUGGGUGGAGAGCUCGUACGAGGUUGAAGGGCCUCAUUAUUUUACCAUCCUGGCCAUGCACAUAAUGCCCCCUGAACGCUGGAGGAGCUCACGCCUUUACUUCCUUCGAAGGCUACUGGUGGCCGCACAUGCACGCAAAGUCUCUGCAGCCUCCGCAAACAAAGUCACAGAUAAAACACCAAAGGAAUAUGCAGUGUACCGCUCUCCUCUUCUCUUCUGGGGCCUGGUGGAUCUCGUCUACGACAUGUUCAGGAAAGUACCAACCAGCAACACAGAGGGGGGCUGGUCCUUCUCACUGGCAGAAUACGUCCGUCACAACGACAUGCCCAUCUACGAGGCCUCAGAGCGCGUGCUCAGGGCCUUCCAGGAUGAGCUCAUGCCCGCAGAGUCCAUGUCCGAGUUUUUUGAUGUUGUAGGUCUCCUCUCUGAAAUCCCAGACCCAGACCUCUUCCUGCAGGAUUUGUUGAACUCUCUGCCCUGAACCAACCACAAAUCAACCCCCUCUAACACGCAAAUAUCCCUACAAAUAUAAUCGAUACAGCUACCAACUCCAAAAAAAAAAAAAGAAAAGAAAAAAGAAGAGAAAACUAAAGGAAGUUUACACUCUGAGUCACAAAGAGUACAUAGUCUACACCACGCUCUCUACCCAACCCCCACAUCCACAUGACAUCUCAGAAUAAACCAAGCAAAACUUGUGUGUAGUCUACAAAAAAAAUAAACCCAUCCUAACACCAAGACACCGCUUUUUAAAGAGGAACGACACGCUACAACAGAAUUUACUCUCUGCCGGACUGAUACCAAUGGCGAAGUCUUCAUUUAAAGUCAUGAUCCUGUUUAUUUUCAGUUUUUUUAACAAGCUUGGGCAAAAAAAAAAGACCGUUUUAGAAACCUUGUGAAAAUUCUGGUGUGCUGUACAUGUCAAAAGGCUGAAACUGUCUAUUCUGGGGAGGGGGGGGGCAAUGACUCGUGACUUCUGUUUUGGGGUGAUUCUGCUUUUGGCUUUGAAGCCCCCUCCCCAGCUUCAGGGUGCAGUGUUAGAGGACCCAACCCUUAUUAGGAGUGGCAUUUGAUUUUAUCUUUUCCUUUUUUGUUUGUUAGCUUUGAGUGGGUUUGUGGUCGGGGUGGGCGGCGAGGUUUUAACUUGGCAGAGGGCUUUCUUAGUCUCACGGUUGCAGUGCCUGUCCUUUUGCUCUGCUGUUCGCUCUACAACUACAUGUGGAUCCUAACUGGAAGUUUUGAGUCAUGGGCGGGAGGAUAAAAAUGUCUUAGGUUUGUUUUAUCGACACCAGAGGUGAAAGGGGGGGAUUUAAAAGACGGACUCAUUUUGGUUUCAUUUCUUCCAUAGAUUUCUGCCUUUUUGAAGCACAUUUACGAAAGUUUCCAUCUGUUGCAAUGAGAUACCAGACAUGUCUAAAAUGACAAUAAAACAGACCUGCAUCACAUGCUUAAACACUUUCCUCUUUGACUGACGGUUUUUGGUUUGGUCUCGUAACUUGCAAGGCCACUUUCCGCUCUUUUGACUGUAGCGUUUCGUCAUAACCGACUACAAUGGCGGCUACCGCAGGUGUUCAAGUGAAGUGGAUCGGUUUCUCACCCUCAGCGACUCAUUUAGCUGCCGAUGACGGAAAGCGUUGUUCUUCAGAUCUAAAUGCAUGGUGUAAACGUUCCCCAGGUCAACAUUGGUUUGCUUUUCCCACCGCUACAAUGUUUAAACUAUUGCUGAAUGUCUGCUUUUUUGAAUUUGGCGCAUAAUUAAUAAAGCUGUAAUGAUUUCAGUCUGA